AUGACGGCCACAAACGCGGCGACGGCGGCGGCGUCGGACGCGGAGGCCAGGAGCAUACUCGAGCGGGCCGCGGCGGCAUCCUUCCCGCCUCUCCACGCCGUCCACCACCUCCUCUCCGUCGGGGUUUGUGUGCGAUGCAUCUUUCGCAUGUUUGGAGCCUUUAGCCAUGCCUGCUUAUGUGCGUCUCUUACGGUCUCUUUCUUCCAUUCAUUUCUUGAAGAGCAUGAUGAUUCCGCAAAAGGCGGGUCUUGCUCAUGUUUGUCAACGGAUGAAGCAUGCUGCUCUAUUUGCUUUGGAAUAUUGCUACCCACCUGCCAUAAGGAUGAGGGUGUAGUACCGUUUGAUGACAUUUCUCGUAUCGACAUAAUUACUUCAAUGGUAUCUCAAGCAAUACAAAGAGAGGGUUAUCAAAUUGAUGGGUUUUCUUUAGAAAUUUCACUGCCUGCAGUUGUAGCAGCGAAUGAACGUGCCAUCAGGUUAUAUAUGAAAGAAAAAUAUGGCAGUGAAAAUUGGUUCAAGGACGAAAUAUUUUCUCAACAAACGAUGUCAGUGAAGGAGGGUCUGAGACUGCUGAUAGUACCAUCGCUCGAGAAACAACUGGGUGUUAAGCACGGUGACAAUUCAUUUCGAAUUCGCUUAACAUAUAUUCAUGAUGAUGCUUCACUGAAGCUCAAACGUUUAUUGCCAAAUGACAGUAACCGUAAAAGGAAAGCAGAGUCAAGAGAAGGAAAUGAUACUAGAAGGAACUCAACAUAUGAUGAUAAACAGACAUUAAGUGAAACAGAUUCAUUCAUCCACAAGUCCCUCGAGGGUAUUCAAGAUCAAGAAUUCUGUAGUUUAUUUGAGUUGCCUCCUGAAAAGGUGUCCAAACCUUGCCAUCUUGUGAUGACCUUCCUAAGGUCGCCCAUAUAUAUUGGCGGAAGAUACUUGAAGCUUUCAAGAAAUGUCAGUCAGUCAUGUUGGAUAAUUGAUGAUGAAAGAAUGGGGGAAGCAUCAGUUGAGGAGAUAAUUAAAGAGAGUGUAUGUGCCAUCUCCAGAGGUGAUGGCUACAAGUUCCAUGCUGCUGGAAGAGAAGAUAUCGAUGUACGGAUGCUUGGAUCUGGUCGUCCAUUUCUAAUUGAAGUCCUGAAUGUGCGAUCGAUUCCAUCUGCGAUUGAAAUUCAACAAAUUUCUGACAAGAUUAAUAGCUCCGAAAAGAAACAUGUCAGAAUUAGAAAUCUCAAGUUGGUAGACAAUGAAAUAUGGGCCAUGAUGCGUGAAGGGGAAGCAGAGAAGCAGAAGCAGUAUGCUGCCCUCAUAUGGACUUCUAGUCCUCUGACGGAUGAUGACCUGCAGAAAAUUUCUGUUAUUAAGGAUAUGGAAAUUGUACAAAAUACCCCCGUAAGGGUUCUUCACCGAAGAAGCCCGUUGGAGCGGAAACGGAUUAUACAUUGGAUGGAGAUUGAGAAAGUUGAAGGCAGCUCAAACUAUUACUUGUUGCAUCUCUGCACUCAGGCAGGAACAUACAUUAAGGAGUUUGUGCACGGUGAUCUUGGACGCACAAAUCCGAGUAUUGGUUCCAUGCUACGUUGCAGAGCCGAGAUACUGCAACUCGAUGUCACGGACGUUAAGAUGGACUUGCUGCAAUAG